CCAAAACAAGAUUUCAAAUAAUCCAAAUCCGAAGAAAUCCUAGGGCAUUUAUCAAAUUAUUCGCUUUCCUCAACAGUGUUGCUUAGUGAUUUGUCGAGGUUAAAUGGAUUCUAAUCCUAAACAAUCUAUCUUUUGCUUAAAAUGGCCAUGGGAUGCUUACCAUAUCUCCAACAAAACAAAUACUUGCAACUUUGAUACACCUUGGCUGUUCAAAUCCCUACAGAGUCUUGGAUCUCUUUCACACAAGGUUAUUGAGUCAUUUUCACAUUCACCAGCUGUGUUAGGUUUUGUAAAUGGAAUUGGCACAAAUGGUAAGUUGAAAUCGACAAAAAAAACUUUGAGCCUUGAGGAACAAGGAGAAGCUGAGCAGAGAGCACUUGCGGCUGCAUUGGCAAGUGGAAAAGAGGCUACUGUGAUUGAGUUUUAUUCACCCAAAUGCAGAUUAUGCAAUUCCUUACUCAGUCUUGUAAUGGAGGUAGAAAAUAGGAACUCUGAUUGGCUCAAUGUUGUUAUGGUGGAUGCCGAGAACGAUAAAUGGUUGCCUGAGCUUUUGCAUUAUGACAUAAAGUAUGUUCCUUGCUUUGUACUGCUCGACAAAUAUGGAAGGGCUUUGGCAAAAUCUGGUGUUCCCGCCAGUCGUCUGCAUGUAGUAGCUGGUCUUUCUCACCUUCUCAAGAUGAAGAAGCAUCAUCCUAGUAAUGACAAAACUAAUGCAAUAAAUUAGCGUAAAUGUUCAAAUUAUAAGAAAAAAAAUUAAACCUUGGAUUGAAAUUGAUCCAAAUAAAUGGUUGUGACUAGAAUUUGUAAACUUAUUAUUGAAUUAAUGAUUUCCCAUAUAAAGAUCCAUUUAAGGUCA